AUGGGCCUCUUUGGGCGCUUACGAGCGUCGUCGAACGCUGCAAAGGACUCAAAGUCGUCCGACGCAUCGUCGUCCAUAGCAGGCAGCCCACACACGCUGCGACGCUCGCCGUCGACCUUUCUCUUGUCGGCGUCGUCGUCGUCGUCUGGCACCACAGCAGCAACCUCGCCCUCUAGAGCAGACCGCGCAUCGGGAUCCACCGUCGCGUCCACAAGGCAUUCUCGUCUGCCAUGGAAGCGUGACAAGCCGCCAGCGCUGCCACCACUCAACCGCGACACGACACCAGUGACCUCGCCUGCCCGUGCCCGUGCACCGUCAGCCGCUGCCGUCGUCGUCCCGACGAUCACCACACACGAGCCUUCACCCCGCAAGCUCAACCCACCACCACAGUCGUAUCCUUCACAUGCGGUUAUCAAACCCAUCCCGCCCUCAAUGUCGCCAGACGGCUCACAUACACGCAACGCUUCGCAGCAGACCGUCGUUUCAUUGCAGAGCACGUUCACGGCACAUUCCAAGGCCAGUGACAACUCUGGCGAGUGGAAAAAGGAAGGCGGGAUCUUGGGGAAGCUCGGCUUUGAGAGCGAUGACUGGAACCUCGAGCGCACCACACAACCAUCCACGUCUGGAGCGUCCAGGUCAUCGUCGUCGGGACGCACAGAACGAGACCGCCAACGAGAGCGCGAGCAGCAGCAGCAGCAGCAACAGCAGCAACAGCCGCCGCCUCCGCCGCUGCCACGCCAACCUGGCAGGGCUCCCGGACGUGACCAGCAACGUGAAACAUCGUCCUCCGGUCCCGACGCGCACCCCGUUAUCCCCAAACGGUCUCCCAUGCGCAAGAUGCAAGCGCUUUCGGCGCCUACCCUCUCCAUCAACACGAACCCGGCCAUCAACGUGCGGCCCACGUCCACCGUCUCGGCAGCAGACACGGAAGACACCGUAGAGGAGAUUCGCGCAAGCCACGAGCAAGACGAUGACAAGAAGGCGUUCGGAUGGAAGAGGGGAGUGCGCAAGUCAAUCGACCAGGCACCAUCUCCACCUCCGGUAACGCGUCGUCCAGUGUCGCACGUUGGAGGCGACCGCCCCGCUCAAGUUCGUCGUCCGUCGUCUUCUCUCUUCCACAACCCCUUUCAAAAGUCCCAAUCCCGUGUCUCGCUCGCGUUCGACCUCGAUUCGCCAACCGUCGACGAUGGUUCGUUCCAGCUCAAGGCGUUCCGGCACAUCUCUGGAGCGUCGGACGCUGGAGAAGGGUACGACCAGUACAUGUCACUGGUGGGUGCAGCAGACCCGACCCCACCCGUCACACCCAAUCCUCGGCAUUCGCAGGAGAUUGGCUUGGGUUCGCCGCUCGCAGCACCGCGUCCUCGCCCGCCAAGUGCCGCCGGAUCAGUGGACUCUGGGUCGCGCGUGUCUGUCGCGGCUUUCCGCAAGGGAAUCCGUCGCCCCAGUUCCUCUGUUCUUCUGGACGGGGCCGACGACGACGACGACGAUAUCCCUCUGUCGCUGAGCCGCGCCAAGUUGGGCGGCGGAGGCGGUGGUGAGCACCCGAUCCUUAGGCGCGACACUUCAGCCCUUUCCCUCACGGACGCGCCUUCACCUCCUGUGCAGUCGACAGUCUCCCUUGCGCCUGCAUCGCCGACGAUCGAGUCGCCGCGCGGACCGAGUCCUUCGAGCAGGAAUAACGCAGACAAGCGCCACAGUCCCCACCCUCCAUCUGCAGCCAAGGCCUUUGUUGUCCGUGGUGGCAAGUCUUCACGUUCGACUCUGGACGACAAGAGUGAAGUCAGGCCGACUCCCAAGUACUCUCCAGUUCCGCCGCGCCGGGAGCGUCUUCCCUCACCAUUGCCCGUGGCAGCUGUGGACACUUCGCCACUCCCCAAUCGCGGCGCUUCUCUCGCAACUCCCGUCAACAUGAGUAACGAUACCAUUUCUCUCUCGUCCCCACCUCUCACUCCCACCAAUGCCUAUGGUUCCAAUGCCGCAUCUCCUCAUACCUCCAACCGCAGGCUCAGCAUGUCUCCAACCCCGCCUCGCCCUGCACCGCUGAGGAUACCCGAGCCACAGGUGACGUCCGUCGACCUAAAGGACCUCAAGCUUCCGCCGCGUCCAAGCGAGCUCGAUGACGAACCCCUCUUGCCUCCCAUGCGGCCCGACUCGCAGCCUCCCAGCCGCGGUUCGCCUCUUCUCUCGUCCUUGUCACCUGUCAUUGAUGAGAAUGUCCGUCGCAUCUCGGGGCUCUGGGGUGGCGGUGCUGCUUCGCCCCACAGCGAGGACAGCUCCAAGGAGGAAGGCUUUGACCCGGCCGUCGCAGCAGCACAUGCCUCCCAGCCGAACGGGGCUCGUUCACCGGAUGGAUACCUUACGCCCGAGGGACAGCUGUCGCCAUCUGGCUCCAACGCCAGGCUGAGUCUCUACGACCGCCUGUCGUCUGUCACGUCGGUUGUGGGCUCGACUGCGACCAACGUCGUUGCCAAUGCGUCCUCGGCACUGAACGGUUCGGAGAGGCUUUACAUCCCACCCUUGCCUGUGUCGCCCGAGCGCAAGACUGUGCAGCCCGCCCUCCUCAGUGCCUCGCCGGCCAGUGACCGGACUGCGUCACCCGCACCUGUGCCGCCCAUGAUGGACGCCCCGCCUGUGCGACCUGCCAUCGUACCUCACUCGAGCUUUGGCGGUUUGCGCAAAAAGGCCGCCGAGAAGCCCACAGCUAAAUCCAAGGGAUGGGACAGCAGUUCCGACGAGGACGACGACAAGAAGAAGACGCCGCCAGCGAGGAAGCCACUGCAGAUUGCUCACCCGGCGCCCAAGCAUGCGCCGCGUGACCGCAUCCCGUCCAUGAUCGCUACCAACGAGCCCGACAUGGAAGAGAUCACAUCGGACGACGAGGACGAGCCCUUGACACAGGUCCGCUCCAAGUCGCGCAGCUCGUUGCGUCCGUCCGUCUCCCGCAGCUCGCUUCGCCCCACCAUGUCGCGCCCCGGGUCGCGCUCGUCCAUGCACUCUACUCGAUCGCUCAAGACCAGCCCGCAGCCAGAGGUCGUGCCUCCGCUGCCAUCGUCUCGCCCCGGUGGCCGUUCCUCGGCUCCUCGUCCAGCCUCGUCCAUGACGAUUAUGAGCAAUGGAACCAGCUCCACGACCAGGCCGAUGUCUACUCACACUGUCACUGGCGCGUCGGCCACGCGGCCCCUGUCUACGAUGACUCUCCAGUCAUCGUCGUUGACUGCAAGUGCUUCCAAGUGGUCGCUGUCGUCUGCCGACUCGCCCAAGGACACGAGCUCGGACGAGACACUCGCUCGCUCUCCGCCCAUCGGCCCCCACUCGCGCUCUGGUGGCAAGGUGCCUCGUUCGUCUGUCAGCAGCGACAAGCUCCGUGCACCCCCCGUGCCCAUCCUCCAGCAGCCGUCUCCCCGCCACGACGCCGUGUCUACCUUGUCAGCCGCUGGCGAGACCCGCCACACCGCCUCGCCUGCCUCAUCCCGGUCGGGUCUCACGGGCGACUCGCAGGGCCCCCAGCCGAUGACACCCCGCUCCAUGGAGGCGGCGCGUCGUUCCUGGGCCCCCGCCGACGGUCCUCGUCCUCGCGGACAGAGCGAUGGCCCUGCCGCGUCUCGCCCGGCUACGGGUUACGGCGACUGGACCGGCAUGCCUGGCAUGCCUGGUAUGCCAGGUAUGCCAGCUGGCUUCCCCUACCCUGGCAUGGACAUGGCCUCUGCUCAGGCUGCCGCGAUGAUGCAGCAUCAAAAGCAGCAGUUCCAGCUCCAGUGGAUGGCCGCUGCCCAGCGCCACUUUGACGACGCUUGGGAGCGCGCUUCGAACGUCUCCAACGCCCAGACCGUCAGCGGCAUGUCAGGCCCCUCGUACGGCUACAGCUACGGGCCCUCUGUCCCCUCCGUCUCUGCCUUUUCUGGAUACGCUGGUGUACCGCAGCAGGCGUUCCCUCCCGGUGGUUAUCCGUACGGUUUCCCCUCGGGUCCAUUCCCAGGAAUGGGCGGAAUGCCGGGUAUGAUGGGCAUGCCAGGCAUGGGAGGUAUGCCUGGCCAGAUGCCUGGUCAGAUGCCUGGUCAGAUUCCUGGUCAGAUGCCUGGCAUGGGCAUGCCACCCGGUAUGCCUGGUGCCAGCAUGUACGGCUACGCACCGCCCGCGCAGUCGGUGUACGGUGGCGAGUUUGGACCCCCCGUCGUCCCCUUCCAGCGCGACGCCGGCCCCCCAUCCCCGGCAACAAGGCGUACCCGCCGCGGCUCGGGCGCGACAGAGCUCGGCGCCUCAUCCCAGCAACACCGCGACCGCGACCGCGGACAGCACCCGUCCCAGCGCCCCGCGUCCGUCGCGCACGCCGCGCCCAUGCCCCACUCGGCGUCGUCCGCGUCCCUCACGGGCAACAGCGGACCCACCCCACGCCGCUCCCUCCCGCACCAGCCGUCCCAGCAGCAGCUCCACUCGCGCCGCAUGAGCGGGCUGGCCAUGAGCGAAGUCGGCGGGCCUGGCGGCCCUCCCUCCAGCUGGCGCCGGGAAGACAACGACGCCACCCCGCGCAAGCGCGUCACCAACGCGUCUUAA